GGCCGGAGGUCAGACAAGACGAACGCCGCCAUGGAGAAGCAGUUUGAAUUAAUUGAUGGCGCCAUCAAUGAUCUUGUCUCCAUGACUGGCAUUCCUACCCAGCAAGUUCUGAAUCUGUUUUUGAAGUCUUGUGGUCGGAUCCAAAAUGCGAUAAACCACUGGAAUAUCUAUGGUCAAUGCUUCAAAUUGAACCGCCUGCAAGAGCUUAAACGAUCUGGCAGGGACAGUAACGUGAUCAUUACAUCUACAGUCCAACGAGAAUGUUACAAACUCUUCCAGGAUGCGUAUCCUGAGAGGUGGCAAAACAUUUUUGAAACAUUUGAGGAGGUGCAGACCUCUUUAGGGCUGCCUCUGACUGUAGCACAGUGGUCACAAGAAUUUGCGAAGUUAUCAAAGAAAGUUACCAACUUG